CUCCACGUCGAGCUCGGUCACCUUCUUCUCCAAGCUUCUCCCCGUCGCAUCGCAUCUCAGCCGCCGCACGUACAAGUACCGUUCGAAACGGUCAAGACCGAACCCUAAAACCCCGCCCUCCUCCUCCGCCUCCACGCCUCGCUACGUCCCAUGGCGGCCGUGCAACGCCUCUUCCGCGCAGCCGCCUCCGGUGGUGCGGCGAGGAGGGGCAUGACGUCGCUGGCGCCGGAGCAGGCGCCUUCGGCGGCAGCCGCGGCGGCGGGAUUCCCGUUCGCGGCGGAGGAGAGGAUGAGGCGGCGGCCGGCGGCGGAGAGGAACGUGCAGUGGGUGUUCCUGGGGUGUCCCGGCGUGGGCAAGGGCACCUACGCGAGCCGCCUCUCGCGCCUCCUUGGCGUGCCCCACAUCGCCACGGGGGACCUCGUCCGCGACGAGCUCGCCUCCACCGGCUCCCUUGCCGUUCAGCUUGCUGAAAUUGUUAACCAGGGGAAAUUGGUUUCUGAUGAAAUCAUCUUCAAUCUUUUGUCCAAAAGGCUUAAGAAAGGAGAGGACCAGGGUGAAUCAGGAUUUAUUCUUGAUGGUUUCCCACGUACUGUAAAACAAGCGGAAAUUCUUGAUGGCGUUACGGACAUCGAUAUGGUGGUUAAUCUAAAACUGAGAGAAGAUGUCUUAGUAGAGAAGUGCCUUGGCAGAAGGAUUUGCAGCCAAUGUGGAAAGAACUUCAAUUUGGCCUGCAUUGAUGUUACGGGUGAAAAUGGAUUACCACCAAUCUACAUGGCACCAUUGCUACCCCCAAAUAACUGCAUGUCAAAGCUUAUUACCCGAGCUGAUGAUACUGAAGAGGUGGUCAGAAAUCGGCUUCAGAUAUAUAAUGACAUGAGUCAACCUGUGGAGGAUUUCUACCGGAAGCAGGGGAAGCUAUUAGAAUUUAACUUGCCUGGAGGGAUCCCUGAAUCUUGGCCAAAGCUGCUCCAUAUUCUAAAUCUUGAGGACCAAGAAGAGAUGAAGUUGGCUACUGCAUAGGUCAUGUGGAGCAGACCUUUACACAGCAGAACAAAUCCAUACAGCGCAUUUUUUAAUAAUGGAAAAGAGCGAACUUAUUCCAUAAUUUAGUGCCUAUGUGGAAGUAAUUUUGGAUCAGAAGUGAUUUGUUUUAUUGCCGGCGUUUUGGCGAGCCGGUACUAUGUACUGUAACCCUUACAUUACUGGUAAGCAGUUCUCAUUCUUGUCCGGAGAGCUGUCUGGAUUGCAUGAAGACAUGCUGACGUUCUAUUCAUGAUAAAGUUUUAAUCGAUGAGAAACUCCUUUCAA